GCGACACUUACUUGUUUAUCUUGUUUUACUCUUUUUAUAAACUUACCAAAUACUACAGUCCACUUUUUUAUUUUAUAUAUCACCGGUUUACCCCAGAGCAGUUCGAGACAUGGUCCUUUAGUUUUGUCAGCUUAAAACUCACCGGAAUAAAACCUGUACAACAAUCUGUCGGCGUUGGUUGGCCAUUUAAAAACGAACGGACGUUUUACUGUUCACUACGUUGAAGCUGCAAGGAGUCGUGAAUAUUGGACUUCGGAAUAUUGGACGGAUUGCAUACCUGAGUGAGUUCGUUCCAAUUAGACAACCUUUAUUCCCUCAUAUUUUUGCCGUUUAGCGCAUUCAAUUUUUUACCUAAUUUUCGCCUCCAAUUUGCCAAAAUAAAAACUACCCUCAUCUUACAAUCAAAAUUCAUUCUUAUUCUUUAAUUCUUAUUUCAUUAUUCUUAUUAUUUCUGUUUAUUUUGCUUAUUAUAAUACAUUAUGAGCCAACAUUCUGAGGAUUUAGAUACUCUUAUUAAGCGACGAGGUGCAAUUAAAGCCAAACUUACUAUUUUCAGAAAUUAUAUUAAACCUCUUAGUAGUUUUUCUAGCUUGACCGACUUACAACGUUUUGAGUUGGAAGGACGUUAUGAGCGUAUUCAGUGUUUAUACAACGACUUCGACAAGUUACAGACGGAGAUCGAGACGUUGUUGGACGCACCCGAUGACGACUUUAAAUCCCGGUGUGAGUUCGAGGACCAAUACCAUCCUACGGUGGCACUGGCGCGAAGCCUGCUUUCAGCAACUACCAACUCAGAAGGUUCAGCUAUGGUGAGAGUGCGUGGUGCCGAUGGCACUAAGCACCCCGCCCGAGUUUUGCUGGACAACGUAAAAGCUGUUCAUAUCGAGCUCGUCACCGCAUUGUCAUCGGACGCGUACAUAGCUGCUCUCAAAAGAUUCGUGUCUCGUCGAGGCAAGCCCCGCAGCAUAUGGUCCGACAAUGGGACAAAUUUUGUUGGUGCUUGCAACGAACUCAAAAGCGUCCUUUCAAACUCAGACAUUGCGUCAUUCAUGUCUCAAGAAGGCAUAGAUUUUAAUUUUUCUCCACCUUAUUCCCCUCAUUUUAAUGGUCUGGCUGAAGCAGCGGUUAAGGCCACUAAAGGCCAUCUCAAAAAACUCCUCAGUCUUACUCACCUCACGUAUGAAGAAAUGUCUUCGUGCUUAUGUCAAAUUGAGGCCAUUCUAAAUUCCCGUCCACUUACUCCUAUUUCCUCUGAUCCGUUAGAUUUAACUGCCCUUACUCCUGCUCACUUUCUGAUUGGACGACCGCUCACGUCAGUUCCGCACCCGCAGAUUACCGACGGCAACAUCACGCGCUUGGAGCGCUACCAACGAGUGGAACUCAUCAGGCAGCAUUUUUGGAAGCGCUUUAUUAAUGAAUACAUUACUCUGCUGCAGCAGAAAUCUAAAUGGUCCACCUCUACAGGGAGCUUGAUACCAGGGACGCUAGUCCUUGUGAAGGACAGGACGCUACCGGCACUGUUGUGGCCUUUGGGCCGCAUUACCAAGACGUAUCCGGGCAGCGACGGCAUCACACGGGUCGCAGAGGUCAAGACGAGGACGGGGACCGUGGUGGCGAGGCUUCAACUCCAUCUGCCCCCUCCCUCUUCAUUGAAGUACCCAUACAUACUUCAACCCGGGCAGUCUGUCGAUGCACGGACAUCGACGAUCGCGCGGCGCGGGCGCCGGGAGGAGGACAGCGGCGCGGGGUAG